AUGGAGUCCAACCACAUUGAUGUGACUUGUGCAUCAUGGGCACCAACAGGCAACAGGAAGUUCAAUGAUAAGAAUUCUUUAUGCAAGAUUUUCUUUCCGUUUGUGUGUGCAGGUGUGUUUGGUGAUGAAGUGAAGUCAGUGUCAGUGAUGGAGGGAGAUUCUGUUACUCUACACACUAAUAUUACUGAACUACGGAGUAAAGAUGUGAUAGUUUGGAGGUUUGGAUCACAAGGGUCUCUCAUAGCUCGAAUCAAUAGAGAGGCCAAUACAGUCUUAAUAAAUGCUGAUGUUCUUGAUGGGAGAUUCAGAGACAGACUGCAGAUGAAUGAUCAGACUGGAGAUCUCACCAUCACAAACAUCACAACCAAUCACACUGGAGAUUAUCAACUGACCAUCAGCAGCAAUCAGAAGACCUCAUACAAAUUCAAUGUUACUGUCUAUGCUCGUCUGCCCAUUCCUGUCAUCAGCAGAAUCUCUCCACAAAACUCCUCUUCUUCAGAAAGCUCAAAUUGUUCAUUAUUGUGUUCAGUUUUGAAUGUGAGAGACGUGAGUCUGUCCUGGUACAAGGGAAACAGUUUAUUGUCCAUCAUCAGUGUGUCUGAUCUCAACAUCAGCAGCAUCUUUCUUCAUUUGGAGUGUCUGGAUGAUUCUUACAACUGUGUGGUGAACAAUUCAAUCAGUAAUCAGACUCAACAUCUCAAUACUGAUCUCUGUCAGACGUGUUUAGACUGUUUUUGCUGUUGUUAUGGUCCUGUAGCUGUGAUCCGAUUGGUUCUCUCUGUUUUGGUGGGUGUGGCUGCCAUUGCUGUUGUGGUUUAUGACAUCAGAACCAGAGGAGAUGAACAGAAGAAAAGAUCACAGACAUCAGACAAUAUGAUCGUUCUGCGCAGCGACACAUCAAGUCGAUCAUACCUGUGGAAAGCAUGCACGCUAUCUCUGUCUUGUCCCUCCCUUUCCCUCGAAAGUGAGGAGAAACUUUGGAGGGAGCCCAAAGGCACGCCAUACGAAAGAAUGAAUGUCAUUAUUCUCUUUUCAAUUUUGUCACUCUUCACGGACGGUGUGUUUGGUGAUGAAGUGAAGUCAGUAUCAGUGAUGGAGGGAGAUUCUGUUACUCUACACACUAACCUCACUGAAAUUCACAGAGAUGAUCUGAUAGAGUGGACGUUUGGAAGCACUCCCAUUGCUUCAAUCAAUACAGAGGCCAAUUCGAUUCGUAUUGAGUCAAAUCGUCUGCAGAUAAACAAUCAGACUGGAGAUCUCACUAUCAGAAACACCAGAGCUGAAGAUUCUGGAGUGUAUGAAGUAGAUAUCACCGGCACGAGGACUUCAUUUAAAAAGCUAUUCAAUGUUAGCUGUGUGAGUGAUUCAUCAUCAGAUGGAGUAAAGUCAGUGUCGGUGAUGAACAGAGAUUCAGUCAUUCUACACACCGGUUUUACUAAAAUAAAGCCUGAUGAUCUCAUAGAGUGUAGGUUUGGACCUCAACGUUCCCUUAUAGCUUCAUUUAAUAAAUCAUUACAUACGUAUAAUGCUAUUAGGGGAAUCGAAGACAGACUUCAUUUGAAUCAUUGUAAUGGAGAUCUGACCCUUAGAAACAUCAGAAAUGACACAUGUGGACUUUAUGAAGUACAGAUUAAAGGUGGCAAGAGCUACACUAUAAAAAAGAGUUUCAAUGUGACUAUCAGUGAUGGACUGAAAAUGAUUUCUGUGAAGGAGAGGCGCUCUGUCACUCUAUGGUCUGGUGUUAAAGAAAUAGACAGAGAUGGUGUGCUCUUGUGGUGGUUUGAACACGGAGAUUUACCCAUAGCUAAAAUCGAUCGAAAAGCUGAAAUCUUUCACACGUAUGAUGGUGAUGAUGGGAGAUUCAAAAACAGACUGGAGUUUGAUUAUCAGUCUGGAAAUCUCACCAUUAAGAACAUCAGAACUGAACAUUCGGGACUUUAUCAUGUUGAUAUCAGCAGCAGCACGCGCACUUUAUUCACUAGAUUCAGUGUUACUGUCAGUGAGCGUGAUUUGUCUUCAGUCGCUGCAGUCGGAGUUAGUUUUCCUCUUCUCUUCCUGUUUAUUGCUGCUGUUGCUGGUUUGUGCUACUACCGACGGAGGUUCUUUAAAUUACAAAGACAUCGGGGUAUUACAUUACCAUGUGUGUUUGGUGAUGAAGUGAAGUCAGUAUCAGUGAUGGAGGGAGAUUCUGUUACUCUACACACUGACGUCACUAAAAUUAACAGAGAUGAUAUCCUAGAGUGGACAUUUGGAAGCACUCCCAUUGCUUCAAUCAAUAGAGAAGCCAAUUCGAUUCAUACCAAGUCAGAUCGUCUGCAGAUUAACAAUCAGACUGGAGAUCUCACUAUCAGAAACACCAGAGCUGAAGAUUCUGGAAUAUAUGAAGUAGAUAUCACCGGCAAGAGUACUACAUUUAAAAACCUCAAGUUCAAUGUUAGCUGUGUGAAUCAUUCUUCAUCAGAUGGAGUAAAGUCAGUGUUGGUGAUGAACAGAGAUUCGGUCAUUCUACACACCAGUCUUACUAAAAUAAAGUCUGAUGAUCUGAUCGAGUGGAGAUUUGGACCUCAACGUUCCCUUAUAGCUUCAUUUAAUAAAUCAUUACAUACGUAUAAUGCUGUUGGGGGAAUCGAAGACAGACUUUAUUUAAACUCUCGUAACGGAGAUCUGACCAUCAGACACAUCAGAAAUGACACAUCUGGAGUUUAUGAAGUACAGAUUAAAGGUGGCAGGAGCUACACUAUAAAAAAGAGUUUCAAUGUGACUAUCAAUGAUGGACUGAAUAGGAUUUCUGUGAAGGAGGGUCUGUCUGUCAAUCUAUGGUCUGGCGUUGCAGAAAUACACAGAGCUGAUGUGAUCCUGUGGUGGUUUGAACACGGAGAUUCUCCCAUAGCUAAAAUCGACAGAAAAGCUCAACUCUUCGAAACCUAUGAUGGUGAUGAUGGGCGAUUCAAAGACAUACUGCAGAUCGAUCAUGAGUCUGGAAAUCUCACCAUUAGGAACAUCAAAACUAAUCAUUCAGGACUUUAUCAUGUUGAUAUCAGCAGCAGCACCCACACUUUAUUCACAAGAUUCAGUGUUACUGUCUGUGGGCAUGAUUUGUUCUCAGUCGCUGGAGUUGGUUUUUUCCUUCUUAUUGCUGCUGCUGCUGUUGCUGUUUUUGCUGUUGUUGCUGCUGUUGCUGGUUUGUGUCACUACCGACGGAGAUCCUAUAAAUUACAAAGACGUCAGGAAAAGAAUUCAAGACCAAAGCGCACCUGUUCCUUAUAAAAUGUUUUCUAUUUGCUCUUCUCCACAAUAUGUACAUGGUUAUGCAUUACCACAGGAGAUGGCUCUUGUUUCAGACCUGGGACACAUCAGACAGAUGUUAAAACUGUGAGAGACCACAUACAUAAGGACCCUCUCAUCCAAAAACACUAUCAUCAAAUAUCAAACAAAUCUAAACUAGAUUUGCAUAAACUAAAAUUGAUUUAUAUAGCACUUCUUAUACAGUGAAUGCAGCUAACUGCAAAACAAAUAUAAGUUCAUAUAUAAAUAAAUUAAUUAUAAAAUAUAAUGUCAGUAUAAACAUAGUCAAAAACAACUAUAAAAUGUUUAAAGAAUAAAAUAGAGAUAGAAUUAAAUACAAAUUCACACAAUAUCAAUAGAAACAAAAUAAACCAACAGACAAUUUGACACAGUAUCAAUUAUACAUAAACAACUUUAUAAACAAAACAAAAAAAUUAUUGCUUCAAUUAAAUUAACAUUUAGGCUGAAGUUCUACUAUUGCCGUUACGUUUUUCAGGUCCAUACUGAAAAAACACAAACUUACCACUCAGAAAUGUCCAUUAACAAUCUCCAAACAAUUCAUUACUCCUCAAAAUCUGUAUCUUCAUCUUAUACAGACUGAAACACAAGAUCUGUUUACACACAGAGAGCUACUGAAGGAGCUGCUCUGAGAAACAGCCAAUCAGAGCAGAGCUCAACAUUAUUAUUUUAAGUAAGGUAAUAAUAUAUAAUUUUACGGGCAAAUCUUAGGGUUGUAAAUGGACAUGUAAAACUGUCUCUGGAUCAUUUUUGCACUUAAUAAAGUUACAUAUAUUCUGUGUAGAUAUCACAGAACAAUUUAAUAGAUUAUUACAAUGCAUUCUUUGGCACCUUUAAUCUCAAAUCCAUGACUUCCUUAAAUACUGCAGUGUCAGGAUGUCUGAAACCUGACUGAUAUUUCUGCUGUAUAUUCAUCUAAAACUUGAUGCUGUUGUUGCACUGCAACCUUUUCUAAAAAAAUACAUAAAAAUUGAAAUGUGUCUAGUUAAGAAAAGAACAAACAAUCCAGUUUUUUCUUUAAAGUGCUUUUACAACAGCACAUUUCUGAGAAUUAAGAAACAUGGUUGCUAUAGGGUCAUAAUAACUGGAAGUUGAAUUUAGCUGAAAAAACGGUCCUGAACAUUUUUAUUUUAUGGCCUGGAGAACUUGACAACUCAUCAAUGAAAGUGUUAUCAAUAUAAUAUUCAUUGCGGAUCUAAUCUGUUCUCUCUUGCUAUGCUGCAAAUGAAUCUUUAAUCUUUAGCUACUGCAUAAAAAGGCGAUCUAUGGUUGAAAAAUCUUUUGUCUAUUUCGUUAAUAAUUUUUUAAUAACGUAAUUUUGUUUCAGAGCGCGCACUUUGUAUUUUCUCCAGUAUCAGUCAAUGAAAUCUCACGAUAAAGAGUUCAUUUUGUUUUUCUUUAGAUGCUCUGACUUACGGCCUUUUCUUCUUUAACUGAUAGAUGUUUCAUUUUCAAUUGCGUAUUCUUGCUAUUAAUCUUACGUUGAUUUUAAAGGGGCAUUAAAAUUUUGUGUACUGUACGCAUUUCACUCAAAGAUAAAGGCUUUUAUUAGAUAUCAUUAAUGAAUCAAAAAUUCUAAAAAAGCUGUUUAUUAAGUUGUUUGGGCUGAAAUAUAGUAUUAAUUUUGUACUUGAUGACAUUACAUUACACAAUUGGGAAUUUUUGGCGGACUAAAAGGUGGUUGUGAAAAAUCGGCUUCAAAUUAGGUUGCACCCAAGCCCAAUAAUUUUUUUAUACUGUUGAUAAAAUGUAUGAUUACUUUAAAUGUUUUGGGAAUCUUCCCUUAUUAUCCUGAUGUGUAUGUUUUUUUUUAUUUUCCUUUAUGAACUAUAAAUGUUUUGUAUAAGUAUAACAAUGACUACAUGUAUAUAUGGUAAUGUAUACUGUAUUUUGUGCACAGAAACCAAACAACAGGUAGCUUUAUUUCACUGUUUUGUCAUAGGCAGAGUUUCACAUUUGUGCACCUACAAGCAAACAGGGAAACUACAGUUCUAUAAGAAACUAUCAUGGUUUUUAAAAAUGUUUUUAAUGAAUUAAAACUAUUUUAGCAUUAAGUUACUCAAUCAAGCUAUUUAACUAAAAUAUUAAGAUUAGACAAAAAUAUGAAUUCUUAUAUUUUGAUUUCAUUAAUAGGUUAGACAAAAUCAUAAGUGACUUUGGUGUGGGGGACAGUGCCCCCUCGCCUCCCCCCAAACUCUGCCUGUGUGUUUUUUUUAAAGAUUGUGUCCACACUUCCGCUCAAAAGUUUUGAGACACUUUUAAAAUGAUAAAAACUACAGAAAUAAUACAAUUGUGAUUACCAAAAGGAAUCAAAACUGUUAUAUUCUCGUGUCUUCAAAGUAGACCUCCUUUGCCUAGAAUUUGCAAGUCAUACCAUGUCACUUUAUCAAGCAGCUUCUUAAGGUCACACCUUUGAAACUUUAUUAUUGGACUCUUAUUGGCUGCUUCUUUCUUAUUAAUUACAUUUUAGUUUUUUUAAUGAAAUAAAUAACUGUUACAGUUUUAUUUUGUAUACAAAACUUUAAACAUGAAUAUUCAGUUUAAAAUUGGUGCUUAAAUUGGUGUGUGGUUUUAGUUUGGCUGAGUUUUUUAUAUUUUGCUUUGUUAAACUGUUACUGUUCUUUUAUUGCAUGGGUGUGUAAUGUUUUUAUACUGUUUCAAGUAUUGGAAAUAAAAUGAAUGUAUUUCAA